AUGACUGUACCCGAGUUCAACAAGCCGGUGACAACCGUUACUGUGAUCCCCACAGCCACGUCAACCAGAGUCCACUGCUUUGUGAGACAGGCUCCUGUCACUUCCUCAGAAGCCAGCCGUGGCGAUCACAACGGCCGCGUUAGUGUACAGCCCACUGGCUUCGAAGGUGGCCUCUUGGUUGGACUGUAUGAUCCACACCUCGGCCCACAAUGUGCCGAAUACCUCCAGCAGCACUUGGUCCCCAUCCUGGACGAAUCGCUCUCGACCCAGCUCGAUCACUCGGACGAUGAUCAUCAUCAAAACCCCAACACCUGUAAGAUUGACCCCACACAAGUGGUCGACACGCUCAAGUCGACGUUCAAGGAGCUUGAUGAACUCUUGCUGGCGACAGCUAUCACCGUAGCAUUGACCCAGCCAGAGACCGCGGACCAGCUUCCGUCCGAGGAAGAACUUAAGAAGACACAGGAAGUGAUUGCGAGGGUCGUGACAGGGUCCACAGCACUGGUCGGGUUCUUGGCACCGCAUACCGCACCAUCAUCAGCUACAACAACAGGAAGUGAGACAAAUGAUGCGGUUUUGAAGCACGACUUAUAUUUGGCGCAGUUGGGUGACUCGGUUGCCAUCUUGGCAGGCUUUGAUGCCCAGGGUCAAUGGACAGCUCAACGAUUAAACCCACCAGAGACACACGAGCAUUCCGUCCGGUACCAGGGCUCGGAGGAAUAUCGCAAGGUGGUCUCGGAGGUCAAGGAACGAGCAUUGACGGUGGAGCAGUUCUUGACGCAACAUAACGGUUCUUCACAGCACGACCAUAACGGCGUGGACACGGACGGAGCAUCAAUAGGAGGGGCACACGAGAGUUUCUUGACGAAGGACGGCAAGUUCUUGGGCCUGCCUGUUACCAGGGCCUUUGGAGACCUUGACUGGAAGCUGGAGCAAGAGGCCCGAUUCUCGGUGGCGACCUGGGUCGAAAAGUCUCUUCGGGCCAAGAUCGACCAGGCCCUGGGAAGUGGUCAGCAACAACAGGAGAGCAACGGCGAAGGCUCUAUGUCAGGUCGGUCACAGGAUGAGGCUGGGAUCAACAAUCUGAGCGACCCUCCAUACGUGAGCGCCGACCCCAGGAUUUCGCGGUUCGUGCUCGAGACGAGGAAACCUUCGCAUCCAGACCCACAGCGUGCAUCGAAUCAGCUGCUGAUUCUGGUGAACCGUGGAUUGCUAUACACCACGGCACAUAGUACCACGAACAGCAACAGAAACGGCACGGAUGCGGGAGGGAAGCCCAACCCGUACGACCAGGCACUGAUCUCGGACUUUGAGCUCUCACGCCUGGUCUCGAGCGCAUUGGAGAAGGGUGAGGAGAACUGUGCAGCUGCUGUGGCCAAGGUACUGGACCAGACACGUAAAGACUUGGGAGUCGCCAAUAGCGAGGGCGAGGAAGAAGGCCUGGAGGGAUCUGUAGUAGCGAUUGUGUUGUAA